UCUUUCUCUCUCUAAAAGACUUUGCAAAUUGGCCUGCUAGCUGGUCUCCCUCUCUCUCUCUCUCUAUCUCUUCUCUUUCCCUUUCAGCUGGAGGAGAUGCGAGAGGAAGCAGGGAGGAGAGAUAUAUAGGCCGUUGUCUUCUGUAGAGAGAGAGAGAGAGCAAAAGGGAAAUAAAGGAACUCUUGCAGGUACUCAACACUGACAUGAGUGAUCUCAUGCUCUUGAUACCUUGGUACUCUUACAUCAACCUCCUCCUCCUUGCUCCUCCUGCUUCCUCUUUCUAGCUAGGAUCUUCAACGGCCUCCUCUUUCUAUCUCAGAGAGAGGGAGGGAGGGAGAGAGACGCAGCAAGAUAAUUUUCUUAUGUGCAGCAAGGAUAGCACGUGCAGGAGCUCAUGAGCUGCAUCAAUUCUUGAGGCAAAACCACAAGCUUGUGAUAUUGCACUGAAGCGAAUUGAGGAGAAUUUUGGUGCACUGAAGCACAAAGCCAAGAUUUUUGGGCGUCGAUCUGUCGGCGAUGGCGGCGUACUACCACGGCGGCGCCGGAACGGACAUCCAGGCCAGCGCCGACGGCCUGCAGACGCUGUACCUCAUGAACCCGGGCUACGCCAGCUACGGUGACGCCGGCGCGUCCCCGCCCGGCGCGACCAACAUGAUGCUGCUCAACUCGGCGGUGAGCACCAUGACCCCGGCGUCCUUCGGCCACCACCAGCAGUCGCCGUCGGCGGCGCAGCAGCACUUCGUCGGCAUCCCUCUCCAGGCGCCGCCGUCAGGCUACAACCUCUGGACCCCGGCCACGAGCGGCGCCGCGGACAUGUCGCCGCCGCAGGCGCAGACUCCCGGCGCCGCCGCCGGGGUCAGCGCCGUGCUCAGCCUGUCGUCCCGCGAGGCGCCGCCGGUCACGGUGGCCGCCGUUGGAGGCGCCGACGAGGGGAAGUACCAGCUGGGCGCCACGGCCACGCCGCAGGGCCAGAUGGUGAUGAGCUCCAAGUACCUCAAGGCCGCGCAGGAGCUGCUCGACGAGGUGGUGAGCGUCAGCAAGGGCGUGGAGGACGCCAAGGCCGCGACCAAGAGCCUGGCGGCAGUGAAGAAGAAGGAGGACUCGGAGGGCGUCUCCUGUGGCGACACCGAUGACGGCGGCGGGGCGAAGAGCGGCGGCGCGGUGCCGGAGUUGUCCACGGCCGAGCGGCAGGAGCUGCAGAUGAAGAAGAGCAAGCUCAUCAACAUGCUUGACGAGGUGGAGCAGCGGUACCGGCAGUACCACGGGCAGAUGCAGGCGGUGUCAUCGUCGUUCGAGGCGGCGGCGGGGGCCGGGUCGGCCCGGAUGUACACGGCGCUGGCGCUGCGCACCAUCUCGCGGCAGUUCCGUUGCCUGCGGGACGCGAUCGCGGCGCAGGUGCGCGCGGCGAGCCGGGCCCUGGGCGAGGACGCCGACGCCGCCGUCGCCGGCGGCCGCACCGUGGGCUCCCGCCUCCGGUACAUCGACCACCAGCUCCGGCAGCAGCGCGCGCUGCAGCAGCUCGGCAUGAUGCAGGGCGGCGCCUGGCGGCCCCAGCGCGGCCUCCCCGAGCGCUCCGUCUCCAUCCUCCGCGCCUGGCUCUUCGAGCACUUCCUGCACCCAUACCCCAAGGAUUCGGACAAGAUCAUGCUCGCCAAGCAAACCGGGCUCACCAGGAGCCAGGUGUCCAACUGGUUCAUCAACGCGAGGGUGCGGCUGUGGAAGCCGAUGGUGGAGGAGAUGUACCUGGAGGAGACCAGGGACCAAGACGGUGGCGGGGGUGGCAACGACGAGGGGAAGUCCGGCGGCGGGUCCAAGAGCGGGGACACGAACAAUGGGGUCGACGGCGUCACGCAGAGGGCGGACGGCGGCGGCAGCGGCGCCAUGUCGAAGGCGGCGGCGCGCGUGGCAGGCGGGGCGGCGGAGGGCGCGCCGUCCGCCAAGGGCGUCGGCGGCGUCCACGGCUCCACGCUGCUCGAGCUCGCCAGGGACCAGCAGACGGCGCAUGCCGGAUUCUAUGAGGGGGAAGAUGACGACGACGACGAUGUCGAGCGCAGGCUGAAGAAAGCGAGGGGAGACGAGCCGGCGCCGGGGCCGUUCCACAGCCACCACGUGCACGACAUGGCGGCACUGCACACGCAGGCCGCGGCGGCCGCGAGGCAGCAGCACGAGGAGGUGAGCCACCGGGAGCUGCUCAUGAAGUUCAUGGAGAGCGGCGGCGCCGGAGCGGGCGCCAGGGACCACCACCACCAGGACGGCGGUGGGUACUCUCUCUUCGCCCCAGGGCCGUACGGGCAGUUCGGCUCGGAGCCGUUCGCGUUCGCGGGGAACAGCGGGGUGUCUCUGACCCUCGGCCUCCCGCAUGGCGCCGGCGGCAGCGCCGAGCAGACGGCGUCGUUCCUCAUGGGCAGCAGCACCGCCGGCGACAGCGGCAGCCACGGCGGCGCCGGCGGCUACGACAUGAACAUGCAGAGCACCAAGUCAUUCGCGGCGCAGCUCAUGAGGGACUUCGUGGCCUAGCUGGUAGCAUAGCUGUCGUCCAUGCAAUUAAUCAACUCCAUCCAUCCAUUAAUCGGUUUAGGGCUUGUAUAGAAAUAAAAGGUUCAAUCCUGAACUUGCUCUUACAUGUACAAGAAGCAGUUAAGCUUGGGCCAUAGGUUUUGGGCAUGUAAAAGGAUGGGAUAUCAUGGGGCGAUGUAUAUAGGUAUAGGAUGAUAGACAACUAGUUGAUACCCAAAUUAAACAUUGUACAAGAUUUUAUAUGUAGACCAUAGGGAUUGGGGGGGUAUACGGUACAAUAUGUGAAAGGGGUAUAUUGGGAAUUGGAACUUGGAAGUGUAUGUGAUAGAAGUUGGCCAGUUAGUAUGCAGUAAUUCAGUAUUGGUUUUUGUUACUGUAAUCAUGUAUGUAAACCUAGCACAUUGCAAACUCAUUGGUAG